CGAAGCUUUCCUCGUUUUCACCUACUUCAUCCUCAUCAUCGGUCGUUGAUGGAGCUGCCAUCAUAGAGGGAAAAUACCUCAUUCUGUCACUCCGCUCCCUGCGACCCUUGAUUCGCGACACUUCACCCCCACCCACCUGCGCCAUCUCUCAUCUUGGAGGAAUGUUCGCCAGAUCCCUCUCGACUUGCUUGACCUGUUCCUGAUCGUAUACGCUUUGAGAAUGACGAGUAUCAUGCUGAAAUACCUGUCCCAAGCAUUUAAAAGCUUCAGUGUCCCGUCAUGACGAAAGGCUGCUAUACCUGUCGUCGCCGCCGGGUCAUCUGCGACAAUGGCCUCCCAUCAUGUCGAAAAUGUCGGGAUGCGGGGAAGGAAUGUCUGGGAUACCAGAAGCCUCUUGUGUGGGUGAAAGGUGGCUUGGCCAGUCGGGGCAAGAUGAUGGGUCUCAGUUUUGACCAGAGUAUGAAGGAUUCGACCGACUUCAAGGAAAAGCAUUCUUCCAUGGUUGGGCCGUUGCGUGCCGUCGAUGCUCCCGACCAAGAUGGACAUGAUUCACAGCGAAACAACCAGACGGAGAUGAUGCCUUCGCAGAAGCCAACAACUCUCGUGGCAUACAAUUCUCCGCCUCGGAUCCUCGUGGACCCCCUAUUCCAGGACUUGAAUCCACUGAUACGGUUCUACGUCGUUCAUUUCAAUCAGAAUGUAGCAAAUAAUCUGAUCUUGUACACCGACGUGCAAAAUCCGUUUCUCGAACUCACCCCCCUGAUCGGUGGAUCGCCUGGCCUCGCCUAUGCUCUCACAGCCACCGGAGCUUUGCACUACACAAUCAUGGCCCACGAUGACGUCUCACUCAUGCCGUGGUCGGCGGAUGGUACCAAUUUGACGGGGUCCUGGCUGUCCGUGCAAGAGGUCGAAGAUGCUGCGAUGAGCUCCAUGGCGCGGCGCCCAUCGUCCAAGGCGUACGAGCAGUUUCUCGGGCUCAAACAACGCGCGCUGCAACAAUUGUCGCGUGAUAUUGAAGACCCGGUCCUGCGCAACGACACCCGGACUUUAAUCACGAUCGUGGUCCUCGCCUUGAUGGACGCCAUCGAAUCGGGAGGUGGAGCGUGGAAAUACCAUCUGGAAGGCGCAAAAAAACUGCUACAGACGCGGCAACAAGACAAUAAUCGGAACCAGACACAGGGAAUCAUCGAAUGGCUAGACACAUCCGCCAUUGACGGAUGCCUCAUCAUCCAACUCAUGGGGUCUACACUCGCGCGACCAGGCUCCCUCUCAAAGCCAUUCUACUCAACGACCGACAUGUCAGCGGCAGUUUUGAAACGUCUGGAAGAAACAACCUGGGUAGGAUGUCCCGCCUACCUACUAGAGGUCAUCUUCAUCGUCCACGCAUGGUGCUCCGAACCGAACGCCGGCCCCACCUCUCGCCCCAAGAUGAUCUUUCCGUCAGCCUUCCUGGCCAAGAAUGCGGAUCCGCUCGAGUCACCCCGGGCCUUCCUCCACCACAUCCAAGCCUUCGACCCAGCCGCCUGGGCGGAAACAAUGCAAAGCUACGUCUUCCUCCCAGACCUGACCAUGCGCAUCGCCCUAGCAACCAUCUACCGCGCCGCGGUCUACCUCUACGCAAGCCGCGUGCUCUGCCGGUCUCGCGACGGACCCAUGCUCUCCCUCGCCAGCGGACUAGGAAUCCCAGACGACCACAGCGACGUCGCCAACCUUCUCAUCCGACAGAUCAUGCUGAUCCCCGUCGCAGACCCCCACUUCAAAUGCCUCAUCUGGCCCACAUUCAUCGCAGGCGCCGAGUGUCGCGAUCCGUCGCUGCGGCCGCCCCUCAUGGAGAAGCUUAGCGCCCUGUACUACGACAUCACGAGCAUCAAUGUCCGCAAUGCGGCGUGGGUGUUGACCCUGAUGUGGCGGAAACGAGAUCAAAGACGCAUGGAGAAGGCCAGUUGUCGUUGGGAGACUUCUCUCAGCGCUUCUUCUUCUUCUUUUACUUUUACUUCUCAUCCGCCUCACGACAUAAAUGACGAUAACGACGACGAUGACGACUUCGAUUGGAUCCAGGAGCUGGACGAGUCGCGCAUAGAUUGGUUAUUCAUAUGAUUACCAAGCCUGGAAUGCGUCCUACGUCUCUCUGGUUAUGCAGUACGUAGUAGUAUACAUUAAUCAUGUACAUAGUCAUCUAUACCCCUGCGGACAGCACGCCAGUCAUAUUACUUGCCUGAUACCUACAUAUAAAAUGUG